GAGAUGCACCGAUACACUGAAAAUAAAAGAGGAAAUAUUUCAUUCUUUUUAGGAGGAAAGGCGCUAUCUGAUAAAUUAAAUUGGAUACCGAAUUUAAAGGCAGUGCAAGCAAUGAACUAUAUUGUAUGCAGCAUAAUAUUUUUCAAUAACAAUACUUUGUGGGUCCGGAAAUUUUCUUCAAAGAGAGAAGUAAACCGGAAGUAA